UGUUAUUCCACGUUCAGCGUUUCGAAAUCUCUGACAAAAAUUUUAAACAUGGGACGAACCUAUGAAUAUGUGCUAUUACUGUUUUCUCUUACACCAAUAUUAUCAGAUGCAAUUGAACUAAUCGAGGGUCCAAGCGACAGUGUUGUAUUGACGAAAAACGUAGCGAUUUUGCGCUGCCGAGUCGAGAAUAUCGCUAACGAACAGAUCGUCUGGUACCAUCAGGAUACUGGUGAUUACAUCACAUUGGCGCGUACACUGAGUACUAAAGAUGACGACAAAUUAUGGCGAUAUUCAGUUAUCGGAAUAGACAAAGACGGCAUAUACGAUCUGCUCAUCACCGACGCAAAUGCAAAUGUCGACGAUGGUACGUAUGUAUGUGGGUACUCCAGGCAGCCAGGUAAUUUUGUAUCACUCGGGUCCGCUACUCUCAUCGUUCUAACACCAUCCAACGACGCUUCACCACAGUGUUCUGUUGAUUACUUCGGGCUACAACGGCCUCCGCAAAAAGGAGACUUUGUACAACUAGUUUGCGAAUCUUCCGGCGGAAACCCGGUUCCAAACAACACGUGGUACCGAGAUGACGAGAUUAUUUCCCCUAAAGUUCAAGAGCAAAAAAGUUACUUUGGAUUGAGACUACGAGAGGAUGACCAGGGGGUAACUUUUACUUGUGAAACAUCCAACGAUGCACUUCGUGAAGUGAAAACAUGUGAAGUAUUUCCUUACCAAGAUGUACCAGAUGUAACAGUCACACAAACCAGCGCGAGUGUUCUUGGUGGUGAUACUACAUUUGUCUGUGAAACUAAUGCAAAGGGGCCUUUACGAUACAGGUGGAGAGAAAUAAAUAUGAAUAUUCUCUUAGAGAACCGUUUUAAAAUCACGGAUAAUAGUCGUGUCCUUAAGAUUUUGAACCUCAAGCAAGGUGAUCUUAAUACAACCGUUGUGUGUGAGGUUGCUUAUCAAAAUUUAGUUUCAACCGAGACAGGUAAACUUGUAAUACUGAAAUCGCCUGACAUCCUACCAGAAACUAGUCGAUCAGCAAAUUUAGGCCUACACACAUCUGCCGUUGCUGCCAUCACGGCUGUCGUCAUUAUUGCCAUUUUGAUUGCACUCGCAGCGUUUUUGAUCACAAGACAACUUACUAGACGUAGGAACAAUGGCGAUGGAACUCCUGAACCAGUAAAGUUCAAAAUGAUUGGAGAGACGGACACAGAUGAGGAAGCAAUAAAAGGUAAACAAAUAGACAAGGGCGUAGAGAAGACUGAACAUGAAGACGACAUUAGAACUGAUUUACGGUUGGUUGAUGAGGGCACGAUCGAGCAUCAUGAAGAAAAGCAAUGAACUGUAAACUCUGAUACCGUAAAACGUCGAAUAGAAGCCAUGGUCUUCUUUUUAGGACCCAUAGAUGGGGUUCUUUUUUAGACGUACCUCUUUUCGAGAUGGCCUUCCUUUCCGGAUUACAUUUGCAAAUUAAAAAGGGAAGAGAAGGGAGUCUUUUACAAAAUGAAUGCUAUGAAUUUUGGAAUUGCUACCAGUGGCGUAUCUAGACGUUAAGUCUUGAAUUGG